CUUAAUUCCUCGCCUAUCCACCAUAUCCUUAGUUUUAACCUUAUAAAUGGCGACACCAACGUCCAGUCCUGUCAAUGCAGGCCACGCAUAUGCUAAUGAGGCCGAUGACUGCGAGGAUAGAGAGCAAUGGGAUAAGGCUGCCACAGCCCAUUCGUUAGCAGCAGAGCAAUUUCAAAAAGCUAUUGUGUUUGCCCAAGAUCCAGAGGCUGUCAAAACACUUCGCUUACUAGUGAUGAACCACAGUAGAAAGGCAAAGACUUUAUUUCUUAAAGCUGCCAAGGCAAACGAACCACAGUCAUCAAUACGGGGCUCCGACAAUUCAUCCACUUCGUCACAGCCCACAAGUAUAUCUUCCUCAGCAACGCCAAACAACUCCAAAAUGCAAUCUACCAACGAUAGGUUAAGCAACCUAGCCAUUCAUAAGAGCAACGGUUAUCAUGAUCGCAUCCCUUCAAAUACAUACUCUACCAGCCACCAGUCUCAUUUGCUUGGUUCUCAAGCGAUUGAUGACUCUUAUGCACUUUUGAAUGAUCAAAACGACGACGACUCGGAUCCAUUCAACAAAUUUUGGAAUGCUGUAGAAACCUUGGUUCAGAAACUCUCAAAUCCAGUUGCAUUUGCCAGUGUACCCUUGAACGAGGAAGAUAAUCCUAAAGCCUUAAUGGAAGAUACCAAUAUCUAUGCAACACAACAAGGUGAUCUCAGCAAACUCCCAAUCCAACAUCAAAUAGAAGCGUCCAUGAUGGAAUCAUUUUUUGUUGUUCAGCCUCAGACGCCAUCAACUCCAAAGAUCAUAAUCGACGACUCCAAUAAUACCACCGCUUCCGAAAUGCCCAUACCAUCCAAAACCAUAGAAGAAUACGCCAUUGAAAACAAACACUUGAAGAAUACCGUGGAUAAGUUAUCACGACAGGUUUCAUACUGGAAAAAGGCGGCAGACGAAGGCAAUGUCUUGAAGAGUAGUAUAUUACAAUUCAGAAACGAUGUGCAAAAGCAGGCAAAGCGGAUUAUGCAAAGUCAGGAAUCUAUGAAAUCUUCUAUGAUUAAUGGUCAAUAUGGAGCAGCCAGCGUUCUAUCUAAAUCAUCCAAACCCAACGAGGGUACUAGUGCUACAUCCAACCCACAGGCUCGUAUCAAGGAAUUAGAGGAUGAAGUAAUGGCGUUACGGGUAGAGUACAAUAGACAAAAAGACCUCAUGAGUAAAUACAAGGAACGGUGGGAGAAGCUAAAAGAAAGUGCAAAGAAGCGAAGAGCUCAACCCAACCAGAAUGAAGAACAGACUACGGAUCCAAAAAGUGCACUGCGUUUAGAGGAAAAUUCACGAGCUAUACAACCUCCUCCAAGAGAUGGGCGUGAACGUACUUUGCUUCGGACACUGGCUCAACAGUCGUCGUCUAAUCAACACGUCGUACAGUCUGUACAAACAUCCCUUCCACCCUUUGCUUCCUUAGCGUCGUCACCUAGUCGACUGCGUUUUGAACACAAAGAUAAUUCAGAUGAAGAAGUGUAAAUAUGACAUGGUUUAAAAAAUAAAAUAACCAGAAAUUUGGGGAUUAAAAAAAAAAAUUCCUCUCAGCGCAAGUUGGUGAUGGU